AUGCAGAAUCCAAUAGAAGCCUGUUUGAUCAUCCCAAUGAUGUUCUUGGUGCCCAUGAUCGAAUCUUCUAGUAUAGCUUGUUUACGAGACGGAGAUGAACCCUGUUCUGGACAUACACUGAUUUGUAAGGGUGGAAAAGUUAUAUGGAUUAUAGAUGCGGUGUAUGGAUACAGAAAGAGUUGCGGUCAACAAUUGGCACCAGUACAUAAGAAUUGUUCGUCAUUGUGUUGCCAAUAUUUGGAAGCUGAUUGCUUUGUGAAAUUCCCUGAGAGUGAGCUGCGAGAGGUUAAAUCAAAUUGUUCAGCAAAAGAAAAAUGUAAAAUUACAAAAUUUAUCUUUCAUAUUGCACAAAAUUAUUUAGAAUGUUUUUAUGUCAAUGCUUAUUCCAAAAUAGACUAUGAAUGCGUUAGUCGGAGAGAGUAUUACAUAUUGUCAUCCACGAUAUGGCCUUGGGUAGCCUCUACAAAGCCAUCGCCACCAGUACAGCCAUCAACUAGAAUCCAAAAGCCAAUACCCACAUCAACUACAAUUGUUCUUUCCCCAUUUCCGAGUGAACCAACCACUAAAACAAAUUCAAUCAAAGUUGCUGUUACAACAGUAAAAAGCAACAAAUACCAUCAGUCGAACAAACAACCCUCAGGAGCUGUAAUAGGGGGUAUAGUCAGUGGUGUUAUACUGAUGGUUGUUCUAAUAAUGAUUACUAUAUUCUUCAUUAAACGACACAGAAUGAAUCGGAAGCAAGCACCUAAGCGCCACAUGCCGAGAACUGUUUCUCGAGAAAUUCGAAUUUCAGCACCCAUUGCUCUUCAAAAUACCACAAUUACUACGAUUUGUAAUAGUCAGCAGACUUGUCGUAAUUCCAAUUCUAACUCUGAAUAUGAAAAUGUUGAAUUAGAAACUACAAUUGAUCCGACGCCCUCUACUGAUGAUGUUUAUUAUGAGUUAGGAACGGACCCGCCCCCCUUAGUGAGUGAUGUUUAUUAUCAGUUAGAAGCUGAAAGCUUGCAGACUUUCUAUUCACGCCUGGAUCCGGAAACACAAUUUGAGCUUCACUCUCCUGGUGCUGACGUCUAUAAUCAUUUAGGAGAGGAUAACUCUAAAAAAUCAAGUCUGGACCUAAGUGAUUAUAAUCAUACAAGUGAUUUUUGUGAAUACAGUGAUAAUUACCACCAUAUAAGCGCCGACGAAUUCAAAAGGCGGGAAGCAAAUUUGAUGGAUUGUGACUAUAACCAUAUUUAUGAUACUACUGAAGAGAACAAAUCUACAUAA